ACCGCAGCAGCCGCGCGGCUGAGAACCGCGUCCUCGCUCCCGCGCACGCAGGUGCCUCCUCCUGGACGGCGGCGACGGGAGCCGGCGGGCGGCGGCGGCGCCAUGGGGCCCCUCCGGGAGAGCAAGAAGGAGCAGAAAGCACAGCAUCAUGAAAAGGAGAUUUCCCGAAGCCGGAUUCCUCGGUUGAUUCUUCGGCCUCAUCUGCCCCAGCAGCAGCACAAAGUAUCCCCAGCCUCUGAGUCUCCCUUCUCAGAGGAGGAGAGCAGAGAAUUCAACCCCAGCAGCUCGGGGCGCUCAGCGAGGACCAUCAGCAGCAACAGCUUCUGCUCAGAUGACACAGGCUGUCCUAGUAGCCAGUCAGUGUCCCCUGUGAAGACUCCUUCAGACACCGGAAACAGUCCCAUUGGCUUUUGCCCUGGAAGUGAUGAAGACUUCACCAGAAAGAAAUGCACGAUUGGAAUGGUUGGUGAGGGAAACAGCCAGCCAGCUCGACAUAAGAAGGAAUCAAAGGCAGGCCUUGUAAAGCCAGGUAGUGAAGCUGAUUUUAGCUCCUCGAGCAGCACGGGCAGCAUUUCGGCUCCUGAGGUCCACAUGUCUACCACUGGAAGCAAGCGGUCCUCUUUUGCACGCAAUCGAGGUCCCCAUGGGCGGAGUAAUGGAGCUUCAUUGCACAAGUCUGUCAACAGCCCACCAUCCCCUCGGGAAAAAGACCUUCUUUCCAUGCUGUGCCGGAAUCAGCUGAGCCCAGUUAACAUCCAUCCCAAUUAUGCACCUUCUUCCCCAAGUAGUAGCAACUCAGGCUCCUACAAAGGAAGUGACUGUAGCCCAGUCAUGAGACGAUCUGGAAGGUACAUGUCCUGUGGAGAAAAUCAUGGCGUCAGACCCCCAAAUCCAGAACAGUAUUUGACCCCUCUUCAGCAGAAAGAAGUCACCGUGAGACACCUAAAAACCAGGCUGAAGGAAUCAGAGCGCCGACUUCAUGAAAGGGAAACUGAAAUUGUGGAGCUUAAGUCCCAGCUGGCCCGUAUGAGGGAAGAUUGGAUCGAAGAAGAGUGUCACCGUGUAGAGGCUCAGUUGGCACUUAAGGAAGCCAGGAAGGAGAUCAAGCAGCUCAAACAGGUCAUUGAAACCAUGAGGAGCAACCUGGCUGAUAAGGAUAAAGGCAUUCAGAAAUAUUUUGUAGAUAUAAACAUCCAAAACAAGAAGCUUGAGUCCCUGCUUCAGAGCAUGGAGAUGGCACACAAUGGCUCCCUGAGGGAUGAACUAUGUCUAGACUUCCCUUAUGAUUCCCCCAGGAAAAGCUUGCCCCUGGCCACCUCUUUGGGCAAGAUGGCAAAUGGCUUAUCUCCAGAAGAGCAAAUCACAGAGGAAGGGGCUGACAGUGAGCUGCUGAUAGGCGAUAGCUUGGCUGAUGGCACAGAUUUGUUGGAGGAGGUGGUGAUUGCCACCACUAAAGAAUCUGGUGACCUGGAGCCUGUUCACUCAACUCCAAAGGCAAAAGUCCUCGAGGCCCUCCCUCUGCUGGUGGGGCAGGAGGAAGAAGGCAGCGUGGUGAUGGAGCAAGCUGUGCAGACCGAUGUGCUACCCUUUAACCCAGCUGUCUCUGAGCUCCUUCAAAGUGUGCUCAAGCUCCGGGACUCCUGUCCCUCGAGCUCAGCAUCCCCUGAAGAGUCUGGGGCUGACUCAACAGAGAGCUUCCCAGAGUCCAUCUCUCCCUUAAUGCUUGAUUUAACUCCAGGAAGUCCGAACUCAGCCAUCCUUCUGUCUCCUAUGGAGACUCUACCCAGAAAGGCAGCUAUGGAAGCCCAUGCAAACUGCCUCAUGCGAGAGCUGGAUUUCACAGCUUUUGCCGAAGAAAGGUUGGAUGGCAUCAACCCACUGGCUCCAGAGGGUGUCAUGAGGCAGUACUGGAGCAGCAGUUUCCUGGUGGAUCUGUUGGCUGUGGCUGCCCCAGUGGUGCCCACCGUCCUGUGGGCAUUCAGUACUCAGAGGGGUGGAACAGAUCCUGUCUACAACUUUGGAGCCUUGCUCCGGGGUUGCUGCGUGGUGGCCCUGCAUUCACUCCGCCGCCCCACCUUCCACAGCAAAACCUAAAUAGAAGUUGUUACUCCACCAGUGUGUUCUGUGUGACAUUGUGCCAGGUAGAGAAACAUGAGGUCGAUCUGUGGCAGUCUCUAUUCUGUCAUGUUGCUCCUCGGUAUUUGAUUUGCACUAUAGUUAGUUGAAGCCUGUGUCACUGUUUAAAACUGGAGGUAUCUUCCAAGACAUGGAGACCUCAUUCCAGUAAAUGUCCCACCAGUGUGGUAUAGAAAGCAUGCUAAUGACCCUGCCGUGUCGUCAGAGGUCCCCCAAUCUUAUCCUAGUGGUUCAGGAAGAGAAAAAUGCAGAGUUUGCACUUUCAAGACAGCUUCUCCAAGGCUGGCAUGUGAUCUCCUUGCUUUGCUUUGUGCCAUUUUAAAAUGUGUAACUGUUCCAGAAUUCCCAGUGGUCUUGUGCAUAGCAGGGACUGUAACCAAAAAUAAAAAUGUAUUUGUAUAAUUGGUUCGAAGAAGUCUUGAAUAGCUAUUUAGUGUCUUACUUGGGGUUGCUAAAGUUGAAAUGCUGGCAAUUUUUUUAAACUAAGUGUAGCUGCAAAGUUUUAAAUGGGUUAAAACUGUCCUUAAAACUGUUGAUUGAUGAAAUUGUAUGUAAAUGUACAAUGUACUAACUUAUUUUUUGCUUGUUAUAUUAUAUAUAGUGUUUUAUUAGAAAUUGUUUGUAACUACACACGUCUGCAUGAUGAAAGUAAAGAUUAGUGUUUCCACUUAAAUAAAUGUUUUAUCCUCCUAAUA